CCAGUGACAAACGCGUGAGCCGUAGUGCCAGCGGCCGUAGGACAGAGGACCCUAAGUCUGAGCUGAUCGACUCGAUCGAAUAUGCGGACCGCCACAUCCGGGUUAUUUUGAAAGUCACGCAGUGUAUGGUGCCAAUUUUCCAACCACGUCCUGCUCGGGUUCGCUGAGAAGCACUGUAUGCGUGUGUAUCAUCGAGAGGACGGGAGAGAAGAAGAGAACCAGCGGGCGAGCGAGCGAGCGAGUGAGAAGCAAGUGUGCUGUGGAACGGUAAUUGAACAAGAAACGUAGCCAAACCGUUCGUAUCUGCAGCAUCCUGAGAAAAAGAGUAGUCUGUUACGCCGUGGAACGGGCGAGAAAAUUUGAACUGUUUUGUUGUGCGUACGUGUGCCAUCGUGUAGCAUUAUUCGGCCACAUCCGCGCGCCUCGGUCAGUGACAGAUAGUUUCGGUACCAACGAACGACGACAACGACGACGAAACUGGACCGGAACUACCGACGAACUACCACCUUCGAAACAUUCCAACGUCGUGGCCGCCAUCAUCAACGCGGCGCGCCAUUGUUUGUCAGCACCACCGCGAACCCGUUCGGCUCGGCUGUAUAGGCACCGCUCUGCCGGGCAUGCGUCCAUUCCCGGCUCGCACGCAGGGAGAAAUUUUGUACCGUAGCGGUGAAAAAAUUCAACAUCCACACACACACACACGCACACCAACGGCGACGGCGAAGACAAUCGAAAGCCAUCGCUACUGGCUACCAAAUUGAGCUCGCAGUGCCUACUUGGGAAACGAUAGCCUUUCCUGCUGCUUCUUCGGUGAUCUAUACUGUAGGAGAAACAUCCACUGUUGGAAAAACGAACAGGGUCGGUGAACAGACCGCCAAACGUCGCGAUCCAGUUCAGCUCUUUCGGGUGCAUCAACCAUCAACCUCUCGUUCGGGAAGCUGCUUCGACGUUCAAACAUCUACAGCAGCGCAACAUCGUUCUACGAACCAGCUGGCGCAAAACUUUCUGCAAGCAACACCGUCAGAGCCGUUUGCCACGGUACAGCUGACUAUCAACCGUAGGCGCAAAACGCCGGGUGCAAUUUAUCUCGUUUAAGAACCGGAAACCACCAAACAUGGAAAUGCUUACGCAAUCCCAGGUGAUCGGACUCGCGACCCCUACGACUGCGGCUCGCAAGAAAGAGAUCGAGGCGAAGGAAAAUCUCUGGUCGUCCAUACUUAGCGAGGUCCAAACGCAGAGCAACACUAAGCUCCCUUCGAACAAGUCGGUGUUGGUGCUGGGCGAUAAUGCGAGUGGCAAAACAACACUGAUUGCCAAGUUGCAGGGAGUUGAGGAUCCAAAGAAGGGUUCCGGUCUUGAGUACGCAUACAUUGACGUGCGGGACGAGUAUCGCGAUGAUCUCACUAGACUUGGAGUAUGGAUUCUGGAUGGUGAUCCGGGCCACAACAACUUGCUCAAAUACGCACUAAACGAAUUAAAUUACGCACAUACGCUGGUCAUACUGACCUUGUCGAUGACCACACCGUGGAGCUGGGUGGAGCAACUGCAACACUGGAUGAAGAUACUGGAGGAUCACAUUGCGGGGUUGAAGCUUGAAACAGAUGUUAAACAGCAGUGUCAACAGCGGUUGUCGACCGAAUGGCAGAACUAUUGCGAAACAAUUGACGACCUCGAUCCUGGCUCGCCAAUCAAGCGGACUAAUCGGCUAUCGUCGGUGGACGACGAGCUCGAUGUUCUACCGCUACCAGAAGGAAUCUUAACCACCAAUCUGGGCCUUGAUGUAGUGGUGGUGGUAACAAAGACCGAUUAUAUGACCACGCUCGAGAAGGAACUCGACUACCGGGAUGAGCAUUUCGACUUCAUGCAGCAGUGGAUCCGUCGACUGUGCCUGAUGUAUGGUGCGUCGCUGUUCUACACCAGCGUCAAGGAGGACAAGAACUGCGACCUGUUGUACAAAUACCUCACACACCGGAUUUACGGGCUGCCGUUCCGAACCCCCGCCCUUGUUGUUGAAAAGGACGCGGUACUAAUACCUGCCGGAUGGGACAAUACGAAGAAGAUUAGCAUAUUGUACGAAAACAUGCAAUCAUGUAAGCCGGAUGAUUACUACAAUGAUAUUAUAGCACAACCGCCUUCGAGAAAGACUGUGUCGAACCGUGAAAUUGAGAUUCAAACGGAAGAUGAGCAAGCAUUCCUUGCCCGGCAGCAGCAGCUACUUCAGCAGGGCCAGAGUCCGGCACGUGGCGAAUCUCCGUUGCGCUCUGGGCAAUCGGCCAGCAACAGCAAAAGCUCCCCACGAACACCGGUCGCGACUGGUGUGCAGGGUUCACCUAAGAAGGUCGACGGAAAACUUACACCCGGCACUCAAAGCGGCGAGGGUGUUCUAGCAAAUUUCUUCAACUCAUUGCUUCAUAAAAAAUCGGUAUCACCCGGAUCGGCAGCGGCAGCGGCGGCUGCUGGGGGAGUCACGACCGCAGGUCUGACUGGCCCAUUAUCGCUUGGACCGACCGCCACCACGACUUCUCUGCGUAUUACCAACGGUGGGCAGAACGAUGCGGUAUCCUCCAGCGACUGCGCACUGAUGCGCACUGAUGCUGCCCUCGAACUGGAUCGUCUCGCCCGAAGCGUCAAAAAGGAUUUGGAUGUCUCGACAACUCACUCCGACUGUUGAGUGGUCGAUGAGUCUUGUCCAUGGUCCACGUACCAAAACCAUCCCUAAUGGGUCCAAAUGCAACCACGGUGCGUGCUGCCGGUGCUGUCGUCGCCGCCCUUCCUGUAAUGCUUAAAUGCUAUUUAACCGUGUUUGCGACCCAUUUGUACCGUUGUAAGAAACCUAAGGUACGAGUUAAUUAAUUUGCAGAUACUGCUUUGUAAAAGAAUUGGAUUUGUGUCGGUUGGUUUUAAAAAUUUCGUGGCAGUAAACCAUGGAAUCGUAUCCCCAACUUAAAUACGGAGAUAAUCGAAAUGAUUAAUUUUCCCCAUUUUCGUUAUUUGUUCUCAAAGUUUAAAUACGCGCGAUAAGUGAUGGCUAAGCGAUAGCGAGCGUUUUGAUCACUAGGAUUGGGAUUAUUUAACAUUACUAAUCGAAAACCGAUAAAAAGUGGAAGAGAGUUUUGUUUACAUGCAAUCGCUUGAGCUUCUAAUUGAGCGCUCUGAUAAGUAAUGUGAAUCUGAGGAUCCAAACCAUAUACCAUUUCGUACAUUUUGCGCAGCUUAGUAUGUACCUCGUUUGUCAGAAAAAUCAGUCCCUCAGUUCUUACCGUUGCUUUUCCUUUAGAUAGUACGAGCGAUCAACACAGUGGUCUCCUAGGUCACUGUGUCACUGCGAAAGGACCUCUUAGGAAUGGUUUGGAAAAAGCCCAGUAUUAAAGAAAUAUCUUUUGAUACCUCGGCACAGUUUACGACCUCCUGGGCUGGGUUUGGCUUCCUCAUAGCUGUCGUAAAUGUAAAAGUGCUUUUUCUAGGCGUUGAUUUGUUACGGCACGAAAUGUCGCUCUCCAAUUCCUAUUCGCCCCGCUCGGAACGAUAUUGUGAUAGACGAUGAAUCGUUUUUGUGAAAUGUCGAGGGAUAGAAGCAAAUCAGAAUUAGCAGGCUUAAGAUCUGUUCGUAAGGAGUGAGAAGCGUACACAACACAUGGCUAUCAUUGCAUGCUGCGUCGUUUAUAUUUAUAUUGGAUUAUAUAUGCUAAACUUCUUGAGCUUUUAUCCACUACACACACAAACACACGGUAGGAUUCAAAUUGAUGGCGAGUGGCUGGUGGGAUAUGGUUUGACACGUGACAAACGGUAGCGAGCAGACACCAAAUGAAAAUGCUGAUAUACCUUUCCUCUGAUAACAUGUGGACUUUUGAGAUGCGCUGGAGAAGACCUAUUCUAGUAAACUUUUCGAUUGCGAAGUUGUGUAAAAUUGUUGAGCGCACUCUUCCUUUCACUGCCUGCAAGCACAUGCCUGUAAGUGGAGCUGAGCAAAGGAAACAGUCCGACGGGACAAAACAUAUGAACAUAAUCGUAAUUUUGAAUGAUGGUUGACAUAAAUUAUAAAGAUAGGAAGAAAAAUAGGCAUCCCCGAGAGUAGAACAGAACGUGGCGGUGUAUUUAAUAAAAACUCACGCACUAAUAACUAACAGACACAGACACAAGAGCAGAUCAAAACUAGCGUGGGAGCUCUAAAUGCAGUAACAAUAAAAGGGCAUAUAAGAUUCACAAGAAUGCUCUCGAGUUUCCAGUAUAGUACACGUCCCUCUUCAGAAGGAUAAUAAGUCUAACAGGUUCACGCGUAGGUUUUAACUGUUCUACAAACAGUGCAUAAAAACAGAAACAUACUUAGAACUCAAAUCUCAAGUAACCUAAUUUGUCAAAAGGUAUGUUAAAGUGGUUUUUAUACUACUGCAACGGCUGGGCAUUUUUGCUAGCGGACUUUUUUUUUGGGGAGAGUUGUUUUACCUUACCCUGGUGAAUUUUCUGUCGUCCGACUCUCCAGCAUGACACUCUUUACAAAGGUGCAUGCCCUAGAGAUAAGGAAAUGUCGUACGGUUGGAUUUUCGUGUGCAUGGACAAUGCCGUCAUUAAAAUACGCUCAGUUUUGAACAAUGUUUCAAAUUUUCAAAACUACGUUUGCACACACAUUGGCGCACCUACUAAUUUCUUAUUUAUACUCCAAUCUUUUAGCAGACAAAAGAGAGAUAGAGGAGACACAGAGGAAACGGCAAAGAGACAAACUGACUGUGAAAAAGCAAAGCGGAAACUGAAACAACAUAGAGUGCUAGAUGUGCGCAAUACAGGGAGAAGUAUAGUGCGUUAACAAAAGAAAGAAAAACGUGAACUCAUAAAACGAAUAAAACAAAAAAAAGUCAUAUGCUAUAUGAAAAGAGAA